AUGAAAGGUGAUCUUAAUCGAGCACUUCGAUUCGGUGACAAAGCUCUCGAACUUUGUCAACAAGUUAGUGAAUAUGAGAAUGUGAUGAUUACUGCUCAAGUGUUGAUGAGCAUUGGUCUUGUACAUUUUGAUAAAGGCAACGAUGAUACAAGCUUAGAAUAUUUAGAAAGAAGUUUUCGACUUUUGCAACGUAUCUGCCCAUUUGACAACCCUGCAAUCAUGAAUUGUUUGAAUUCUCUUUCAUGUGCUCAUUAUCACAAAGGAGAUUACAACAAAGCGCUUGAUUGUCUGUUGAGAUGCGCAGAAAUUGGAGAGCAACUUCUUCCCAUCGAUCAUCCUAUUAUUUCUUCUAUUGAGAAUAAUAUCGGCAAACAAUUUUAUAAACAAGGCAAAUAUGAUGAAGCACUCCAAAGAUUUCGUCGAGCAGCUGACAUUGAUGAGCGAACAUCGACCAGUAGCAGUGAUGGUCAUAUUGUUGUAUUGAACAACAUAGGUAAGGCACUUUAUCGGCUAAAUAAAUUCGAUGAGGCAAUCAUGCAAUAUGACAAGGCAUUCGAUUUGAUUGAAAAAAUCUUCAGACCACUACUUGAUCAUCCUUAUGUAGCUUAUACUUUGAAGAACAAAGGUGAAGUUUUAUUCGCAUUGAAUGAUUUAUUCGGUGCAUUUGAACUAUUUAAACAAGCUCACGACAUCUACGAACGUCUUUUUGAACCUGACAAUAAUCAUCGAGAUAUAGCCAAAUGCAAAUAUCUUAUUGGAUUGACUCAUCUUGCUCUUGGCAAUGAACAGAAAGCAGCUGAUGCACUCGACAAAGCUUUACGCAUGUGGACAAAUGUACUGCCUAAAAAUCAUCCCGAUCUGGCUCUUUGUCAUCAAUCCAUGGGUGAUCUACAUAUACAAAAGAAGGGAGAAACAGACAAGGCUUUUCUACACUUCCGAACAACAAUCUCAAUCUAUGAAGAGCAUUUACCAGUCGAUCAUCAACGAUUGAGAGAUUUAAAGAGAAAAUUGUCUGAUCUUCACAAUUAG